UAAAAUCUGAAGAUUAUAAUUAGUAUUAAUAUAAACUCUUUCAAAUGGCUGGUGCCUUCUCCAUUUACAUCACUUCAGUAUCUGAGCACGUAUAUCUCUUAAAUAUUUUAAGUAUCUUAGGAACCCAGAGGGUAGGUCGAUGCUCCCAUCUGUCUUGCAGGAUGUAGUGACAUUCUGAAGGUGAGGCAAAUAUCACAGCAGAAUGUACCCAGAAAUUGAGCUCAUUGCCAUGCAUUUCAGUCAGUUUUCCCUAGAAAAAGUCUCUCAGUUCUUAAUUUGUCUGAUACAACUCAAUCUAGGGUGUUAAGAUUGUGAUUAUUCGAGGUAAAACCUGGAGUGGUCCACGUAUAGAAAGUGUAAAAAUAGAGAGCUGUUCUUCUAACCUAAACAAUCCACUUUUGCAGAACUCCUAACAGGAAGAAGGUGUUAUAAACUACUGGGUGUGUCCCUCCACCACAGGAUACUGCACAUCACCAAGUAGCUCUGCACAGGACCUGGUGACUUGUGCUUCACAAAAACCACUUCUGCCAGAGAGGAUCCAGCCUUGAUAUGAAGUAUUAUCAAGAGAUUGAUCAUCUGCUGCUGUCUGCAGCUUGUCUGUUUGCAUCUCACGUUAAUUCACCAAAUGCCUGUCUCUGCUGCCUGAGUCCUCACCACCAUUCCCAGUACAGGUUGUCAUGUGCAGUCAGACCACCCCUAGGUAGACUUCAGGGACUAAAUGGAGCUGCUGGAAUGUGAGCUGUUCCUCCAGUGUUUUGAACACUGCUUUGGCUCUUUUCCAUCUCCAGGUUUCCACAAUGUAAUUUUAAAAAUCUGAAGACCAGAACUGAACUUGUGAUUCCAUUUUUGCUGACACUGUUUUUUCUGAAAGGAUGAGAUAUAUUGGAGGAGUGUACGAUCCCUCCUUGCCAUACUUGCUAAUUCAGCCUUGCUGCUGGAGCCCCCUUCCAGGUCCAGGCUUGUGGGACUUGGAAUGCAGGCUUUAGUUUCAGAGAUAUGACCAUUAUCUGUAGUCCAGUCACUUUCAGUUUUACAUUUGACAUUUUUAUAUUGUGCAUUUUUUUUCUCCUUCCCCCCCUCCACCUCAACAGUGAGGAAACAUGUUUUGGUUUGUUGUUCUUUUCAAAUGGCCUCAAGCUGCAGUGAUUUAGAUCUCUCUCUAUAUUCAUGCUGUCCUCAUUCAUAUCUCCACUACUCUAUGUUACCAGGUUCAAAUUCUGAAAUGUUUAUUUCCAACAUUGAUGAUUUACAGACUGAAACAUCACUCUAAAAAAAUACGAUUUUAUGGUAUUUUCCUGUUUACAGGUAUUUUGAAGACUUGACACAUACCCUAAACAUUAGUCCUAUACUUUACUGCAUAUCAUAGCUGAGUGUGUAAUGCAGGACACUGAAGACAAAACGUAGUUGAGUUGGGCGUGAUGAAAAGGAAGUAAUUCUUGUGUUCAGGGUAUUUACAUGCGUGGUUUGUUCCAUUCUCUUUCUAAGUAUAUACUGAACAUGACGUUCUUUGUGUCUGAAAUAGCAGCAGAAUAACCUAGUGGUUGCUAAGGUAAUGAGGACCCACCGUUCCCUUACCAAUUCCUGUAAAUAAAGUAUGGAAUUUCAUUUCACUCUGUGUUACCUGAGGCAGCUCUGGCAUCUGAUAAAACAAAUGAUCUUCACAUUCUUCUCCACUUCCCUUCUGAUUGUCAUUGAAAUACUGAGAUGUUUCUCUUUUUGUAAAUAAAUGAGGUUGGCCUGCAGAUGGUGGGGUAGAAAGUAGCCUAAGAAUUACAUCUUUUGUCUUGCAGCUGUUUUCCCUCUGUGACUUAAAAUGUAUUUGUCUUCCUGCUGAAACACUUCUAUUGCAUGUGAUCAGGGCUGAAGAUUUGACAGCUAUAAGAGUUCCUCUUUCGGUUUUUCUCUUGAUGCAGAACUUACUUACAUAUUUAUUAUCUGUGCUUGUACUAUGGAUUGCAAGCACAGCAUGAGCAUGAAUCCAAGAUUUAUCUCUUCAUGAAAGAAAGGAAGGUUCUCUCAAAAAACAGUAUGGUAAAUCCAGGAAUUUGCAAAUGCUGGAGACCAGUAGAUGAGUGGAUGAGAUACUUACUUGGUGACACGAUUCUUGGCAAGGAUUAGCACUGGCCUUGGGAGUGAGGCAGCAAACAAGAAAUACGAAGGAGCUCUGACCGCUGUGCAACCAGGCAACACUACACCCCAGACCAUCUUGACUUUGUAAUGGAAAAAGAGAAUCCAUAUCAAGCUACUCGGCAGCUGAUCAAUCAUCCGAGUCCACCAGGCUGGGCACGGAAGAUUGUAUCUCUCUCUUUCGUGCAGGAGGAGGAAGAAGAAACAGCUGGGGCAUGGGAUGGAGUUAGGCUUGGAGUAAGUAAGAAUCCGGUGUAAGAGAGAGGCAGCUUGUUCUGCUGCAUUAUGGAAUGACAGAACAAUAUUCCUGCUUUUUUACGUGACAGAUUUUUGUCUUGCUUGUGUUACAGUGAUAUCAAGUCAUGGGUCACUUGCCACAAGUUGCCACAAGUGGGUUAUUUUAGCCUAACAGCUGUCUGGACAUCAAAACUUUAUAUUCUAAUAGCCUGUCUGCCCAGAGAAGUAGAUCUGGGAGGUGGAGUGGACAACUGCCAUUAUAUAUAGACACUUGAACCCGGAAAUGAAAGACAGCUGCUGGAUCUAAUUUUAAACAUAGCGCUUGACCAGAUCGCUCUAGAUCCUGCUUGUCCUGCUACAGCAAAGUCAUUAGUGGGAGUAGAGAGACAAGAAGUUGAAGAUAUUGGUAAAGAGCUUUUGUGAGGAAGGGAAUCACCCUUGUUCCAGUUAUGGUGUUUCCAUUUUUCACAGCAAGCUCAGAGAUACCAAAACUGCGAAAGGAAGACCAAAAAGCACGAAACGCACUCUUGGCUGAUAUCCAGCAGGGAACUCGCCUCAGGAAAGUGACUCAAAUCAACGACCGCAGUGCACCUCAGAUUGAAAAACCCAAAGGAGCUAACAGAGAUGGAGGUAACCCAGCUGUUAAUAAAGGUGGCUCUCAGCAGCCUCUGGGAGGUUUAUUUGCUGGUGGAUUUCCUGUUCUCAGACCAGCAGGCCAGAGGGACAUGACAGCAGGGAGGCCUGGGCAGCUCUCCGGAGUCCGAGCGCCGUCCCCCCGACCCUCCGCACCGCCGAGCAGCGGCGCUGCCAAGGCGAACAGCACCAACCCCUCAGCCCCCGCCGAGGGCGCAAGGGCCGCAGUCCCGCCGGAGCCUCCCGGCACCUCCCGAGCCGCAGCGGGAGCGGGCCCGGGGCGGCCCAGCCUGCCCGCCCCGCCUCCGCCGCCUCCCGCUUCCAGCAAGCCUUCCCUCACCUUCCCUCCUCCGCCCCCUCUGCCGCCUCCGGCCGAUCGCCCUGCCAAGGGGGUCACCCCCGGCGCCGCUCCCCCGCUCCCUCCCCCUCAGGCUGACAAACCCGCCAAGCCUCAAGCAGGCGCUUCGCACCCGCCCGCGCCGCCCCCUCCUCCUCCUCCGCCGCCGCCGCCGCUGCCCCCCUGCGGGCUGCCGGGCAGGGCCGCCGAGGCCCCUGCGGCCGCCGCCGCCCCGGCCGAAGGCAGGGACUGUCCUCCUCCCGCGCCACCGCCCCCGCCUCCUCCGCCGCCGCACGGCCAGCCCCCGAACAGGCUCUCCUUUCCGCCCACCCCGGCCUGCAGCGGAGCCGACGUGCCCCCUCCGCUGCCCCCCAAGUCUCCCCACGUGCUGUCCCAGUUCCAUAAGCCAAGCAACAUCCAGUCGCUGCCGCUCCCGCCCACCCCCGGCCCGCCUCAGCCCGCAGCCGUGGUGGAGACCAGGAAGAAGCGACCUGGCCGAGGCGCAGGAACUGGUGCUGGGAAGCUGGUCACACCUCCACAGCCACCAGCAAGAUCCCCAACAACUGAACUUACAAGCAAGUCUGGAGUCUCGGCCUGGGCUACAGCUCAUGACCCCUACACACCACUUAAAAAUGGAAAUAUGCACAUCAUUGAUGACUUUGAAUCAAAAUUUACUUUCCAUUCUGUGGAAGAUUUCCCUCCACCUGAUGAAUUCAAACCAUUUCAGAAAACAUAUCCCAGCAAGAUACCCAGAGGUAAGUGUGUAAACAUGAAAAGAUCUGAUCAUUAUCGAGAGGUUUAAAAAUGGGGACAAAAAAUAAAGAAGUGAACCAGCAUUUGCGUAACUGGAUUGCUAGCAUAAGCACAGAGAGGAAUGAGAUUUGUCACAGUGGCAACAGGGGCCAAAGAUACAAUGAAAAGUACUUAAGUUACUUCAGAAUCUUAGCUAAAAACAAAUUAUGUGGCUGGACAUACAUGUGCUUUUAGAUUGCUAAAUUUGCAAAGCAUGUGAUGUUAAAAACAGUCAUGUUGUAAAACAGACUUGGGCAGCUACUGAGUUUGAUAUUUUUGUUCACUAACUUGUGAAAUCACAGGGAAAGAUGACUUGAUCCAUGUCUUCCAUUAUGUAUUUUGAUUUAAAUCCUAUGCAUGGUGUUUUACACACCUGAAUAACAAAGAGACUUAGUACCUGAACUUUGUCAGAAAAGUGAUAAAUGGCUGAACCUUGCUUUAUUUUUUUUCUCCCUUCUUAACUUACAAUCAGAUCACUGUUUUAAGAGCAGUUCACUUAUCCAGUUUUGAAAAUGGGUAGUUGAAAGUGUCAAAAGAUCUCAUGCCCAUAUUCUGCUUUCUGUAAAUCCCAGUUUUCUGUAUUAUUAGAUCUCCAACUUUUAAUUAAUUUUUGUUUUGUUUCCAGGCUAAGGUACUUUUCAUGCCUUUUCACAGCAGCCUCAGUCAGGCUACAUUGUCUGCUGUAUAUUCUGACUUUUUACUGAAGGGCUGCAGAGCACAAGCAAUAUGUGUGUGUAUGUAUGUCUGUAUAUGUAUGUAUAUAUCAGGGGUAGCAGAUAAAUGCAGCAUUCCUGCUAUAUAACUGCAUCCAAAAUAGCUAUUUAAAAUCUGUCCUGUCUAUUUACAGAUCCCUCUAAAAAUCCUCCAUUAAGAACACACGUGAGAUGAGAAGGGUCUUCUGAUGCUCUCUGGACUAGUAUUAAAAAAGAAGAUCAAGAUAAUAUAUAAAACAGAAGGGGUCCCUGUUCCAGUGGUAGACUGUACUUGAGUCACAAGUACUGCAAUAUUAACAUUUCUAUAAACUGUAAAACAAUAUAAAUGAUACCUUUUGAACUGGCCUACAUACUACAGGAAUGUUAGUACAGGCUUUUAAAUUACUGUAUAUAAGUGAAUAUUUUUUAAGCAAAGCAGCAUAAAAUUGAAAUUCUUUGUAGUAUUGAAACAAUUCUCAUUCUUAUCGUGCUGACAGUGUUACCUCAGAAUGUUUUGUGCUACGUGCCUGUAGUUCUUUUUUCCCCUUCCAUCAUAAUUUUUGGAAACUCUCCAGUUAUUACUCAUUUUUUCAAUGAACUGUCAAAUUAAUAUGCUAUCUUUAGUCUGUUUUUAUGCUUCUUCACUUCUUCCAUUCUGCCUGGCCUCAGAUUGCAGCAGGAUGUCACUUUGACGAAGAGAUGGGCCCACAAUCCUUUUCUCAUGAAGCAUGAAGAGGAGAUGCCAAGGAGCUGUGGCUGCUAAUGUGCCUACCUCCUAAAGACUACAUAUCCUUAUAGGAUAGUGUCUGAAGAAGCCCAGCUGGGUAGGGUGGUCAUGGACUUGACAAAGAUGACAGAACCUUUCCAAAGCAGAGGAAAAGGCAAUUGCUCUAUUGUAAGCAAGAAAAAGGAAUGGUGUAUGUGAAUACACGUGCUGUGAUGAGUGUAUGUAAGGACACAUGUCCUGUCUUUUCCUGCUGGCAAAGUGGAUAUUUACCAUUUCUGUGAUAGAUUGCCUUUACCCAGCAAUUACAAGGCCUUUGGAUGAGGGGUCCAAAACUUACAUAUUAAACAGGCAACUAGAGCUACUACUACUUGCCAGCAGUGACAGUUCAUUGUCCAAAACACACCAUGUGGAACCCUCAGCCCCCAAAGUGGUUGUUGUCUCAAAUAGAGUUGGUUGGGAAAAGUAACAACCUAGCAGCAGAGAAGACUUCAACUACUGCUUUUGAUAUUCAGACCUCAGGUAGGGUCUUUGGAUCACAGAUGUUCAGACCUGGUCCCAAGAUGUCUAUUUCUAGCAAGAACUACCCUUAUUCUUGUGCAAUCACUGCAUUGGGAGGAGUGGUGCCAGGUCAGGGCGGUGAUUCUUCCCCUCUGCACAGCACUAGUGAGGCCGCACCUGGUGUGUGGCUACAUGUGCUGUGUCCAAAUUCUAGGCUCCCCAGUGCAAGGAAGAUAGUCCAUGCUGAAGAGAGUCCUACAAAGGUGAUGAAGGGACUGGAGCAUCUCUCCUAUGAGGAAAGGCUGAGAGAGCUGGGAUUGUGGAGGUGACUGAGCCUUGGAACAGGUUGCCCAGGGACUUUGUAGAGUUUCACUUCUUAAAGAUAUUCCAAAGCCAUCUGGACUUUGUCCUUGGCAGCUGGCACUAGGUUACCCUGCUUGGCCAACCCAACCCAAGGCACUGCUGGGGACACGGUGGCUGGAAAUCUGCCUGCCACUAAAGGACUCAGGUGUGCUGGCUGACAGUGGCUAAACAUGCUGAACAGGGGUCAGUGUGUGUGCUCAGGUGGUCAUGAAGGCCAACAACAUCCUGGCCUGAGGAGGUUCAGAGGGGACCUUACAGCUCUCUGUAAGUUUUCAUAAAAACAUUUACAGUAUCCCAAAAGGAUACUGUACCAAUGUGGGGGUCAGUCACUUCUCUCAAGUAACAAGGCACAGGACAAGAGGCAAUGCCUUCAAGUGUGCCAGGGGAGGUUUUGAUUUGAUAUUAAGAAAAACAUCUUCACCAAAAGGGUGAACAGGCGUUGGAACAGGCUCCUCAGGGAAGUGGUGAAGUCAAUUUAAUACCUACAGGUAUUUAAAAGACUUGCAGAUGUGGCACUCAGGGACAUGGCUUAGUGGUGGACUUGGCAGGGCUGGGUUAAUGGUUGGAUUAGAUGAUCUCAAGAGUUGUUUUCCACUAUAAAUUAUUCCAUGAUCCACCAGCCUGCAAAAGAAUACUAUUCUAACAUGAGUCUGGUGCUGCCAGGCUAUUACAGUUAUGGCAUUAAUUUAUAUAAUUGCCAUCAAUUCCCCUCAGUUAGAGGUGUUAUAGAUCACUGAUGAUCUUUCUCCAUGGUGUUGCCUUUGAAAAAAACUAUUUGGAAAAGACGGGUAACUUCAUCUUUACAUCCCUGCUUUCCUCUUACAGCAGCUCAGUUAUGCUGUAACUAUUCCCACACAUAUGCACAUUCAUGGUGUGAGACGGCAUAGGGGCAAGAAGCUCUUCACCCACAGGACCCCAAGAAAGCAGUAUUAGUCUUUUUCUAGCCUAUUAUGAUAACUUGCUGUACAUCAUGUGAAAAAAAAAAAGAAGUGGUGAUGCUUUGACCAAUACUAUCACUUAAUGUAGUUACUUGAUAAAUAUGCAUGAAUAUAGUAACAAACAGGGGUCUACAUCUACAUUGCUUCUCAAACAACUGGAAAAGUUGAAUACUGUUUUAAAAACUAUUUUGAUAUAGUACUAUUAAAAGUGGCAUAUUGUUGGCUCUCAUUUAUUCUGAAA